UGGUGGCAAUGGUUAGCGGCGCUCAAAUCGAGGCCAAACAUUAUGACUACAGUAUUGAAGACUAUAUGAAAGUAAAAGAGUCGCGAAAUUUCACGGGAAAAGUAGUUUUGACGACCGGCUCGUCGUCCGGCAUCGGAGAGGGUAUUGUCAAACUGUUUGCAAUACUCGGCGCACAUGUGGUCGUCACCGGACGUAACCAAACCGAGAUCGACAUCGUGGCCAAAGAGGUGGAGCAGUUGUCGCCCCACCAUUUAAAAGCCGAUUUGACCAAAACUAGUGAAAUGCAGUUUCUGUUGAACGAAACGAUCAAAACGUACGGAAAACUCGACGUUUUGGUGAAUAACGCGGGCAUCGGAUCAAUAGCUCAGUUGAUGGACAAAGACUUUAUGAAAUCAUACGACAGUGUCUUCAGUAUAGACCUGCGGGCAGUGGUUGAGCUCAACCGUUUGGCCGUGCCUUACCUUAAUCAAACCAACGGCACAAUUAUACACAUCUCCAGUAUGUGUACUCACGCACCCAAUAACUAUGGUAUGGAUUACUCGAUGGCCAAAGAGGCCAUGAAUAUGAUGACCCGAGUGAUGGCUAUGGAGUUGGGCCCAUACAUUCGUGUUAACACAUUAAGUCCGGGCGCUAUACUGACUGCCAGUUUCCGCGACAGUAAAGUGCCUAUUAUUGUAAAGAUAAGGGAAAGGGCUCUCCAUAACGCGCCCCUCAAACGCAUGGGUCAACCCCUGGACAUCGCUAAAGGGGUUGCAUUCCUGGCCUCAAUCGAUGCCGAGUUCCUGACCGGCGAAGAGAUUGUCAUCGAUGGCGGACUCAUCUAUAAUGUCGGCGUGGCGUUAAUAACGGGUUCGUCUUCGGGAAUCGGUUCGGCAACUGCUCUACUAUUGGCCAAAAGUGGUGCCAAUGUUGUAAUCACUGGACGUAAUGCCGAUAAUGUGUCCAAAGUGUGCAAAGAGUGUCUGAAAGGUCUGAAAGCACUUCCAGUGGUGGCAGACGUGACCAAAGAGGAAGAUCUCGACCGACUUCUCGACACUACUAUUAAAACUUUUAGUAAAUUAGAUAUUUUGGUGAAUAACGCGGGCAUUGGAUUCUACGCUCCCAUUACUGAUGCCGACUAUAUUCCCAAAUUAAAGGCAGUGUUUGACACAAACCUUAAUUCUGUGAUAUAUUUAACCCACAAAUCAAUACAAUAUUUGGAGAAAACUAAAGUAAAUAUAAUUAACAUCUCGAGUAUCGCUGACAUACAGUCUGUGAGUAUAAUUAUAAAUAGUGGAGGCAUAUCUCCGUAUCACAUGUCUAAAGCAGCUCUGGAUAUGUUCACCAAAUGUAUUGCCGUUGAUUUGGGCCCAAAAGGCAUUCGUGUUAAUUCAGUCAAUCCCGGUGCUAUUCGCACAGCAAUCAUUCGCGACAGCAAAAUGACUGAACAACAAAUUAAAAGCCUAUGGGAACGGGUGAAGAGCCGAUACCCUGUGAGCCGGUGUGGAGAGCCGUUAGAUAUCGCCAACACUGUUGCCUACCUGGCCAGUGACCAUGCUAGUUUUAUUACGGGAACUAUUAUGGUGGCCGAUGGCGGACAUCUGGCAGCUAAUAUCCGCAUGAAUUUUGAU